AUGGUCUACGCCUUUCCCCUCCCGUCGACCUCUCAUCUUUCUUUUCAAACUUUCCUCACCUCCAGCACGCACCCUUCCCUCCCUCAGGCCGCUACCACCGCCCGUCAUGCCCUCCGACAAGCUCUCAAAACACACAAGCGGCUACCCCGCGGUCCGCAACAAGACGCCCACCUGCAGACUCUCUUGACCACCGUCACCAGCUACCUGCCCUACCUUCUCGCCCUCUCGCAUAGCCUCAGCUCCGACCCAUCCCCAUCCACAAUCACCGAAGAAAUCGAAAUCACCCUCCGCACCGAGAUCACAUCGUCCUGGCGCCCAACCCUCACCAACCCCACCACUCUCUCCCUGAAACAGCGUCCCUCUGCCACCCGCGUCAAUGGCCAAGGCCUCGACUUUGAAAUCGCCUUCGUCCUGUCCACUCUCAGCUACGUACUCAACGCCAUCGCCCGCAUCGGCGUCACCCGCACGCUCUACGCAUCCACAACCCCGACCCCGGAGCAGCGCACCGCCGCCAUCCAGACCGCUACCAAACACCUCCUCCAAGCCAGCGCCGUGCACUCGCUGCUCGCCUCCUCCCCUACAUUCGCCACCGUAUCCCGUUUCUUUGCUAAUGGAAAUGGAACUUCCUCCCUUCCGGACCUCGACCCCGCCACGCAAGCGGCCCUCUCCUGUCUUGCGCUCGCCGAGGCAACGCUCCUCGCAGUGCUGAAAGAUGAUUCCUACGUCGCGGCCUGUAUUCAGGCACGCAACCCCAAUGACAAGGACUGGAUGGUCCGAGCGCCGGAGAUCCCCAAAGUCCGGGCGCACCUGUUCGCCCGGUUGUGUAUCCGGGCUGCGGAGUAUGCGGAGCAGGCUGCCGCGGGGCUAGGGUCUGUACGCUCAGAGGGCAGGAUGGGUAUUGAUGAGGAUUUACUGGGAUAUACGCGGGUGCUGGGACGGGUUGCGCGGGCGCGUGCGUGUCGGUUCUUCGGGGUGGACGCAGAACUGUCCGGGAAGAUUGGGGAGGGCAUUGCAUGGCUGCGGGCGGCCAAGGGGGCGCUGGGGGUGAGAGGGGCUGGAUCUGGGGGAGAGGCGAAGGAGAAUACCAAGGGUCGGGGGCUGUCGAGGUUGAAGCAGGGGUGGAUGGAGCGGCGAGAGGAGAAACGGAUGGAGAAGGAUGCGGGGAGUCGGGACCGCACGGAGAAGGGCGCGCUAGGGCCGGGAGACAAUGCUGGCCGGGAGGAGGAGAGUCGCGUGAUUGAGAUGUUGGAGACGAAGUGGGUGCGAAUGAAUGACACGAUCAAUACUCAGUUGAUUCCGCCCUCGGCGGACCUGCUUGCGAACUUGCCCUCGGGCCGAGAUAUCCAUGCGCCGCCGGCACCGUAUAAGAUGUCGGCGCUGGACGAGGAGCAGCUGGUGCGCAUGCGUGCGCCGCCGCCGGAGGAUGACUUUGGGCCGGGCAGUGAGGAUGACAGUGAGGAAGAGGGCAGUGUGGCGCGCGUGUCUACUCCAGCGACGGUUCCUGAACGGAGUGAGAGUGCAUACUACUGA